AAAUAUACUAUAUAAACAUAAACACAAUUCACAAAUACAAAUUUAUAACAAAAAAAAAAAAAAAAACCGAGGAAUUUACUAUUGAGUGUUGUUAAGUGUUUGUUUUAUCUAUAAUUGAAUAACAAAGCCAAACAAAACAAUUUUAAAAAAAUUGUAAGAGUAUUAAAUAAUUUUCUUUGUCUAUAUUUAAAUUGAAAAUUACAAAGUGCAAAAUGGCGAGCUUCGAAACAUGUGAUAAAAAUGGAAUGGAAACAGUGGAAAUUCAAGGUGAAAAAGAAAUUGAAGCCACAGAAGAUUCUGAAAAAAUCACCGUUAUAGAUCCUGACAGUGAAGAAUUGGAUUUCAAUCAUUCGCGGGUAACAAAAUUAGAGAAUUUGGAACCAUUGACAAAAAUUGAAAAAUUAUGCUUCACAUGGAAUCUGAUAACAAAGAUAGAAAAUCUUAAUACACUUGUUACUCUAAAAGAAUUGGAAUUACGUGACAAUCAAAUAACAAUUAUUGAAAAUUUGGAUUCUUUAGUCAAUUUGCAGGUUCUCGAUUUAUCUUCCAAUCGUAUCAAAAAAAUUGAAGGUCUCGAUAAUUUACAUAAUUUAAAAAAAUUAUUCCUCUCAACUAAUAAAAUAACACAAAUGGAAAAUGUUUCACAUUUAAAAAAUUUGAAUACCUUAGAAUUGGGUGACAAUAAAAUACGUGAAAUUGAAAAUUUAGAUGGUUUAAAUAAUCUUCAAAAUCUUUAUUUGGGAAAAAAUAAAAUAAAUAAAAUUCAAAAACUCGAAUCACUUAUUAAUCUUCAAUUAUUAAGUCUACAAAGUAAUCGUAUUACAGAAAUAGAAAAUUUAAUUGAAUUAAAAAAUUUAGAUCAACUUUAUUUAUCGGAAAAUGGAAUAACAUUAAUUGAAGGUUUAGAAAAUUGUCCAAAUUUAUUAACAUUAGAUUUGGCAAAUAAUAAAAUCAAGAAAAUUCAAAAUAUCGAUCAUCUCGAUAAAUUAGAGGAAUUUUGGGCAAAUAAUAAUUUAAUUGAAGAUUGGCCAACAGUGGAAAAUUUAGCAAAAAACAAAUUAUUGCAAACUGUUUAUUUGGAGAAUAAUCCAAUUGCAAAAGAUGCUAAUUAUCGAAGAAAAAUUAAAUUAAUUUUACCCUGGUUAUCGCAAUUGGAUGCUACUUUGUGUAGAUGAACAAAAACACUAAAUUGAAAUUUCAAAGAUCAAUGUUCUUACAUUAAGAACAACUUUAUAAAAAUAUUGAAUGAACAGAAUUUGAUGUUAUUUCGAUGUUGAAUGUUUUUUUCCAAACUAACAAAAAUAACAUUUCGUAUAUUUAACAAGAAACAAAUUUUUUGAUUGAUAAUGUGAUAAUUAAAGUGAAAAUUUAUGUAAAAAUAGUCAAAUACUAAUUUCUAAUUGUAUUUCUGUCA